AUGGAGCCCAAAUCCUUCAAUGACGGGUUCCUCAAUCGUUUUCUCACACUUUCCGCGUUUAAGCUCGGAAGUAAGGGAUACCUAUGGCGAAGAGCCAACCGUUCAAGUCAUGUCGUAUUUGUGUCCAAGUAUUGCAUCAAAUCAACACCCUUUACCACCUUGGCGGAGGCGAAUACAAUGCAAUUCGUGAUGGAAAAUACCUCUAUCCCUGUACCCAGGGUCAUCUGUGCCUUUAAGCAUGCCGGCCGGACCUACAUCGUAAUGGAGAGGAUUUCUGGCCAAAACCUAGCGCAAGGAUGGGCAAGAAGGUCCGAAGCUUCGAAAGCGCGCAUCCAUGAACAAUUGAGAUCAAUAGUUCUACAAUUGCGUAGCAUCUCGCCACCGACCAACAUGGGAGUUGCAAAUAUUCAUGGAGGUCCCGUUUACGACCAGCGGUUUCCAAAACAAUCAAGCUGGGGGCCGUUCAAAACUAUUCAUGACUUCCACAGGGAGCUCCGGAACGGCAUAGAAGUCGAACAUCUUCAGGAUCCGUCGUUAGCAGCCGAGCUCCGCGGAUUGAUUGAUUUUCACAAUCAGUCAUGGGCAGGACCAAUUUUCACACACGGCGACCUCAGCAGUCUUAACAUUCUUGCACGUGGUGAUGAGAUCGUUGGAAUCAUCGACUGGGAAACGGCAGGUUGGAUGCCCCCUUACUGGGAAUACACUUCAGCAUGGAAUGUCAACCCUCAGAACAAGUUCUGGCAGGAGGAGGUCGGCAAAUACCUCACACCCAUGGCACACGAAUUGGAAAUGGAGAAAAUUCGACAGAGGUACUUUGGGGACGUCUAG